CUCUUCACUUGACGACAAAAACAGACCCUCAAACGUAUUUUUCUGCUUCUCCCCUUAUAUUUAUUUUCCUCCCAAUCCUAAAUUUCAAUGCUUAAGAAGCCAUUGCUGCUGUAAGUGCCCCAUUUCUAAGACAUUCAGCAUUAUAAUUUGUUGAAGAAACAAGGAAAAGGAAAGUGAUGGGUAUGAGUGUAGUACAGAGGCUUUAUGAGCUUUGCAAAGAGACGUUCUUGCCUGGAGGAGUUGUACCUCCACCACCAGCAAUUGCCAGAAUGACUGCUUUUCUCGACACAAUAAAAGCUGUAGACGUUGGGCUUGAUGAAGGUGCAAUAACAGAAAUGGGGCAUUCGGGACCCACCAGAAGACGAAGACAGUACAGACGUUCUAGAACUGUAACAUCUCUUCGACCAAGACAGAGUCCUCCGGUCACAUAUAUUCUCAUACAUGAAUGUUCCACUUUCUCGAUAGGCAUAUUUUGCCUGCCAAGUUCAGCUGUAAUUCCACUACAUGAUCAUGCUCAGAUGACAGUGUUCAGUAAGAUUUUAUGCGGUUCCAUGCAUAUCAAAGCUUAUGAUUGGCUUACUCCUCAGCCACAACUUUCCUUCAAACACCAUUUCCCACUGGACUUGAAGUUAGCAGCUCUAAAGGUGGAUGGUGAUUUCAGAGCCCCCUGUGAAACAUCUGUAUUGUACCCAACAAGUGGAGGCAACAUUCAUUCGUUCACAGCACUAACAUCUUGUGCUGUUCUGGAUGUUCUUUCUCCACCUUAUUCAGGGGAACCCUCUUACUAUAUUGAAUAUCCUUGUCCAGACCUUCCUGGAAAUGUCGAAGACAGAGACAGUGAAGAGUAUGUGUGGUUAGAACAGAGAGAAAAGCCCAAAAGCUUUUGCUUGAUUCCACAUCCCUACAGGGGCCCAAGAAUUGAUUUUUCUUUUUAAAUUUCUCUUCUGUAGGAUAGUUUACAACAGAUCACUUAAAAUUGUUUCAACCUAAAUCCCGUUAUGGGCCAUUCACAGAUUUUGUUCAAAUGUGGUUCUGGUCAAGUUUUUUUUGAGGAUUUAAGAUCAUGGUCAUGUUAUAACAAAUGGUUAUAACAAAUACUUCAGAGCUCUUUGGCAAAGUUUCAGACUUUUAUAAUUGUUUUUAUGGCUGUCUUUCUCAAUGAUUUUGCUAUUUGUUUUUUCA